CCUGAAAGGAGGAAGACCAGUAGAAAGCUGUUUCUUCCAAGCAAAAUAACGUUUUGGGGAAGAAGAAAAAGAAAAGGACAGCCAUUGAGCACGAGGACUUGAGCAGCAUCCUCAGAAGCUACGGAUGGGGUCAGGCAGCAGAUUGAGAAAUUCCAAUUAAGUUUCGCAUCACAGAGGGCACUGUGACCUUGGCAAUCAGUCUCAAUGAAGUUGUAAGGGAAAUACAAACAGCCUUUUCUGGCAGCCUUGCCAUGCAAAUGGAAAAGGAACCGUGGACAGAAGAAAGAAAGAAAACACUGUCAUUGCCAUGUGAAGAGAUCUGGGUUUAUAAAUACUUUCGAAAUGUUCCUGCGGUGUUAUUUCUCGAUGCAUACAUUACAGAAACCAUCCAGAAACGAUACUAAAGACAAGCACAGGAUUACCACACGGCAGAGCACAAAAAUGGACGGCAGCUUCCAGGCAGGCUGGGCCCUGCAGGGGAAUCCUGUAUCUUAUUCGUGAUGUUGCAGAGAAAAAUCAGAGAUCAUUGUUCUUUGAGUUUUACUAAAAAUACCCAGACGAUAUUUGAAGUAAUGCAAACAUUGCUUUGCUCUCUUCCAAACAUCAAUAAAUCAUGUGAAUUGAUGUAAAAAGAUGUUUAAAAUAAAAGAAGGCUAAAAAUUCAAAGAAGACAUUAAGUCUGGCUUGUUUAUCUAAAUGGUAAUGUAUAUUCCUAGCCUAACAUGUUAGCACAUGCUUAUAGCCUAUCAUUAGACGUAUUUUUUCACUGAAUGUACAAACAGGUUUUGUGGAUACUUGGGAAGAUUGUGAAGUAAGGAGUGCAGAAAAUGUUAUCCAUAGCUCUUGGUAUUUAAAAAUUCACUAGAGUGGCUACCUACCAAGAACAAGAUGCAAGACAGAAGACCCUUCCUAACACAAGAUCAUUCAUGACGAGUGUGUCCCCAAGACAGGGCUCACCAAUGCAUUGCUAUAUGCCAGAGAGUAUGGGAAGGUAGAAUACAUCUCUGUCAAGGGUACUGGCCAGUUUUAUUUUUUGACACAAAAUCGGGUUAUUUGAGAAGAGAAACUCUCAAUUGAGAAAAUGCUCCUAGCAAAUUGGCCCGUGGGCAAACCUGUGGUGCCAUUUUUUUCUAAAUUAGUUAUAGAUGUGGGAGGGUCCAAGCCCAUGGCUGUCUGUCCUGAGGUGUCUGAGACAGCAGGCUGAACAAGCCACGGAGAACAAACUAAUGAGCACUCCUUCCAGACCUCUGUCUCAGUGCCUAACUCUGACUUCCUGCCCUGACUUCCCUCAGUGAUGUCAUGAAUAUUGUAAGCAGAAAUAAACCCUUUCCUCCCCAGGUUGCUUAGGGGCCUGAUAUCUUACCACAGCAAUGAGAACCUAACUAAAACACGAAGACAAACUACUUCAUUAAAAGGAAGGGAAGAGGCCCUUAAACUGAGGGCAUGAAAUAUAAUGUGUACAUCUAUCUCCAGAGAUUAAUAUAAGAAAUACCACGAGAGUCAGUAAGACGAGAACAAUUAACUAGUUUCCUCUGUAGCCUAUUCUCCUGCAUAACCAUUUCUACAGUAUAGAAUGGGAGAUUUGACCACAGGCAUGUGGUAUUUAGGUAUUUCUUUUUCUGGGUCUACAGUCACUCUGAUAGUACUUUUCUCACGGCCCAGAAAACAGAAGGAGGAAGCUUUGUGGUAUCGCCAUGCCAGGCUCUCUCUCUUCCUCAUGUAGGUUCCUGCAUGUUUAUGCAUGUGAGAGCUAAUAAAUGAUUCUGAAUUUAGCACAUCGAAAAGAAAAAUGGGAGACGAGCUGCAGUUCCAGGCCAUAAAUUCAAUGAAGGUAAGGUUUUUUUUUUUUUUAAAGAAAAAAAAACUUUAAAAUCAAUACAAGGAGAAAAUAGAAAGAGGGUUGUGGAGGGAAAAAAAGCAACAUAAAAGAUGUAAGAAAACUUUAACAAGACAAAAGGGAGGGAAAGUUCUAAAUCUAAUGAUAAUUCUUCAUGGUACCAUACAUAAUUUUUUCAAAAUGAGUGCUUUGAAAGUAGGAACCACGUUCUGAAUAAUUGCUAGUAACUUUCCUUCCAUUUACACUCAUAAACCUGACAUGUUAAUUGACGAUAAUAAGUCUUCCUCUCAGCUGCUUCUAAUAUGACAUUGACAUCUAUCUGACAGAACAGAUAAAUAGCAUUCUCUCUAUAUCCCAUUGGAAAGACUAUUUCGUUUGGAAAAUCAAGGUUAUAUGCCUGGUAUCGAAGGCCUUUGAGUUCCCUGAGACUAUCUCUGAACCCCUGUACCAUAAAGCAUGAAAUACCCUUUUCCCACCUGGUGAGUUCUUGCACACCCACUGGCUCCUGAAAGUAGGUUCUUCAACCUGUUUUUCUGACACAGACAAGAAAAAGCAACAGAGUUUCAUGGUGCCAUUACUACUAAGGUGCAUAUUCUCCACCCCAUGUCCUGACAUUUAAAGGAGAAUUGCCUCCCUUCUUGGACAGUAGACAUAAUUAAGCGAUAUGAAGGUGUAGAGAUCUACAUUCCUGGAGCUAGGUGUCUUGGGGGAGUGAACUCAGAGGGGGAGAAGCUUUGCAGGGAAGGCGAUGUGUCUUGCUUGCCUUCUGUAUCUUGUUUUCUGUUCAUGUUACAGAAUACGGCAACAGUAGCGACAACCAGUACUGCUCAACAGAUCUUAGCUGUCACACAGUCAACUUUAAUACAAAGUAUUUGUUCAUCUGUCUAACAGAGAAUGCAAAUUUUUGUGAUUCUGAAACCAUGUUUUCCUGCAAGGUAACAUUUCAUGUGUCCAACAACUGGUGCACAGAGGAACUACAUACAGAGUUUAUGGUUAGAUAUCACUUUGGAAUGGCUGAACUGAUUCUGCCAGAAACGGCUCCACCGGUGUCACCUAAGAAAAUUCUUACACAAAUUCUGUUCGCUGUGCUGAAUUCAGGAACAUGACACAUAUCUCCUACCAAGCAGUCUAGAGAUUUCAAGGCUAAUUCCUUAAAGGUGGUGGCAGUAAGCAUCCAGGAAAAAAAAUCCUGAAAACUAUCAUUAUGUUUUAUGUGACUACAUGAUAUCUAUCGUAUGACUCUGGUAGGGUCAGCCAGUCCCAGCAUUUUGGUAGGCAGGCAGCUAAGUGUUAUGAAAACAUUACAGAAAACUUUGGUAUUGACUUUUAUGGAAGAAGUUUAAAAGAUAUAAAGAUGGACAUGAUUGAAACUUAUUUAAGUACAGUUAAUAACAAACAUAUAAAUAACAAGAACAUGGAGGGAAAUAAAUGUGCAUUUUCAAACUCAGGCCACCUGACCUAAACUAACGUUCCCAUAACAACAAGACUCCAUCAUUUGACACACAGCAAAAAUACUUGACAGUAUCCAUCAUACUUAAACUGACAGAAGCUUAGAAAUGUUACAUUGGCAUAUUUGAAUAAUUCAAUUUUGGAAGCAUGUUAUUGACAGGCAAAGAUGCAUAGAACCUGAAGUUGAAACUUCGAUAUUUUUUUUCUCUUAUCUCUCUCUAGCGUAAAGCUAAGAAAAUCGUUUCAAAGUAGAACUGGGGAUCCAUGGAUAACUGAAUCUCUAAUUUUCAUGCAAAUUUCAAGUGUAUUUAUUUUUCAAACAAAACUAGUCACAGUUUCAUGGGAAACAGGACCCUUCAAACCUUACCCAUCCCGGUGAUGUCUGGGCUGGCUAGAUAUAACAUUAAAUCUUCUGUAAGCGUGUGUCAUUCUGUCGGCUUCACAUGUGGAUUUUACAACCACAGCCUCAGUGCACUUGAUUCCAAGCCUUUCAUCCAGCGCUGUUCAGUAUAUGCUGCUGUUGAUAAUGGUGACAGUGGACCCAGCCACGGUCUCAUUUUCCAGACAGGGAUCCCUUCAUCAUUUUUGAGUCCCUCUCUAGGCCAGCAAGGUUUUAUUUUCUUUCGUUUUAGCAAUAAACCUGUCACCGUGAUCAGACUGGGCAUAAAAACCGCCAAGGUUAGCAAUUCCCUUCUCCACACUCGCUUCCUUGCAUGCAGGCUUGCCUCUUUCUUGAUCUUGUCCAGGAUGACAGGAAGGACUCUUUGUAUAUCGUCUGUCCAUUUGGAAACCAAAUGGUUUACAAGGACAGGACAUCAAAAUUUAUGCCAAAACUCAUUUUGCAUCCCACGUCUGCUUCAUGAUUAAGGUUAAAAUGGCAGGAUUUUCUUCUCGGCAGCAGGAGGAAUAUGCUUUUUGUUUUCUUUCCAGAAUAAGUAAUUAUGAAAUUUUAAAAUUUGGGCCAAAAGAACAGCUUGCUACAGCAUUUUUGAUUAUGUCCCUGGUCUCCAGGACACAACCUUUCUACAGGAUAAAAAGGUUCAGGCAAAAUAUUUUCAUCCAAGUCAGAGUACAAAUAGCAACCAAAUGCUGCUGAACACAUCCUGAGGAAGUAUAAUUUCAUCUAUAACAGGCACCAUAAGUUUCACUCUGUCAAUAAAGUCUUCUAUCUCACAAUAAGCAGCGAUUUCUUAUCUAGUAACAUUGAGUAUAAUGCUCUAGUGUUUUAUGCCUGUAUAAAGUUUGUUUAUUGUAUGGUAAGUAUAAUUUCACUACAAAUUUAAAUGUUGUGAAAAUAUAGGUUUAGGAUACCAGAAACCUAGCAUAAUCCCAACCUCUCAGGAAUAGCAUCUAUUAUUAAUCUGGUAUAUAGAUUAAUGCACAAAAGAAUUACUUCAAUAUGAUUACUAUUCUUAGAGAUACAAAAUACUUUGUAGCCUUUUCAAAUUUACUGCUCUUUUUUCUAAAUAUUAGAGAUACCUCAUAACUUUUAAUAUAUAUAAUAUAUAAUAAAUAUAUUAUAUAGCUAUUAUAUAUAUAUGUGUGUAUAUAUAUUCUUUAUGUAGACUGAUAUAAUUGACAGGCCAAUUUAGAAUGUUUUACAUGUUCACCCAUGUGCACAGUGUGUCCAUGAGACUCUUUCAUGUACCCACAUGAGCGUGUCUGUACACUAGUUGGAAUGAUGGGAGAUGAGAAGUAAUUAAUGUUUUGAAACAUAUUUCUCAAAACUAUUGUAAAGCUAGAGAGGUGGCUUAGCUAGGAAGAACACUUGCUAAACAAGCAUGAGGACCUGAGUGUAAAGUCCAAGAAUCCAUAUGCAAAGCAGGAGAGGACCCCACUCUCCUAGAACCCCAGGAGAACCCCACCAGCCUAGCCCCAGGGGUAGCGGGAAACCGUGUUACAAGGGAAUAAAGCAAAGAAUGACAGAGAGAGCUGAUUGUCCUACUCUGUCAUCCCAUGUGCACAUGGGCAUGAGUACCUGCCUAUAUAUAUUUCCACAUAACACACACACACACACACACACACACACACACACAUGAAAGCACAUGCACACACACUAUAUAUGUACAAGGAAGUUUGCACAUCCAUCUCUAGUGUGUAAAAGACCCCCAUGCACCACAGUUUUCCACAUUUUUAAGUCUUAUCUCAGCAACUUUUUAAAUGAGAGAUUAUAAAUUCCCAGACUGUUUAGGUCACGUAGACAAGAUACAUAGGGGUUAGGACAGAGUAAGACGGUGAGAAAUCAUAGAUAUUCAGCGAAUUCAAUGUAAAAGCGUGACAGUAAUUAAACACAACAUGACUUCAGUUUUCUUCCAGUUGUAAGUUCUGCUCUUUGUGCAAGAUAUGCAGUUUUCUGGCUUUGCUGACGUUGUGUUCAGAAGCACAGGGGAUCACAGCCAGGUCCUCAGAGAACCUAGACAAGUGCUGGACAACUGUACCCCUUCCCCAGACCCUAGUGUCAGUACCGUAAAGCCCAGAAGUCUGUCAACUAGAGAAAGCAGGACGUACGGAUGAGAUUGCUAACUUUAUUAAUAUAUGCUGUCAUUAGCAUAUUUUCUUUACUUCUUUUGUACAAAAUUUAUAGCUGUAAGUUCAUUCUCUCUUAUAUAAAGUUUAUUGUGCAUUCAUUUUAUAAACACCAAAAAUAACACAAACUGAAAACAGUAAUGUAUUACCUCAUACUUUAUUUGUAGUCAUAAAUACAAAUACCUAACUCUUUUCAAACUUUAGAAUUAACAUGUGUGAACUAUGCAACUGAACAGAAUUUGAAAGGGCAGCUCCAUAUAUGCAUACUGAUACAUAUAUCCAUAUCCAUAUUGAUCUUGUCCAACUCUCACCAACUGGAUAUGAAGAUUUUUGACUUAAAUGCAUUACUUUAAUAGCCUUAUUAUUAACAUUGCGUGAUAGAGGAUAUAAAAUAUAAAUAUUCUACUUGUCUCCCCCACCAAGCAAAAAUAUCUAGUCAAGACGUAUAUUUACUGCACAAAAUCUUCCCUAAUAAGAGAGAAAUUUAUUAUUUUAGGUUAGCAAAAAAAAUAAUAAUAAUAGAAAAGGAAAAUUUCUGUGUCCAUUUGAUGGCAGUGGCUAUCUUACAGUCUCUGAAAAAAGUGAAGACCAUGGAGAAAAUUGAAAAUUGCUUCUGCUCUCGUUUUCUGAGUACUGGCCCCUGUCCCUCGUGCCCCACACAUUAAUUAAUAAACCUCUGGCAGCCUCCACACAGACAUAGACUUUGAGCCUAAAGUGGCCUCUCCCAGCACCUUGAUGUCCCCUUUCAUCCCAUGGGGACGUCAAAGAGACACAGCUUAGUAAGAAACCCCCCUUCCCCUUCCGACAGCAAGACUGAGACAUUUCAGAGCAGUACAGUUCCAUGUGCUCCAGACUGGCUGUGAUGACAAUUAGGAAAGAGGUCAUGCAUCUGAGUACGCCGAGAUAUUCUUUCUUAAUUAUUUGUAUUUUUUCAAUUUUAUGUGUAUUAGCUCUUGCCUACAUGUAUGCAUGCAUACCGUGUGUGUGCCUGGUACCCUUGGUAACUGGGAAUGAAUCUUGGUCCUCUGCAUGAGCACUGAGUACUCUCGACCACUCAGCCUUCUCUCCACCUCGCUGUUACUUUGCUCUAAUCACACUUCUGUAUUGAUAGUUGUUACUCAUGCUACUUUGAGAUGGGACUACCUCAAAAUAAUAAUAAUAAUCAAGAAAGACAUGUAAAGGAGGAUUGGUUCACUCUACUCAGUCAUGACCACCAAGGACGAGAGGACAUGACUACACAUUUUGACGAAAAUGAGCAAGAAGAGAGGAUCACACAAUUUGAUCAAGACAAAGAAGUGAAAGAAGACAUGGUCAGAAACUACUAUCAAGACAGAUAUGUAAAGGAGGAUAGGUUCACACUACACAGUUAUGGCCAGCAAAUAGAAGAGGAAAUGAUCACACACUAUGACCAAAAUAAGCAAGAGGAGAGGAACACACGAUUUGAUCAAGACAAACAACUGAAAGAAGAGAUGAUCUGGUGCUACUAUCAGGACAGACACAUAAUGGAAGAUAGGUUCAUACUACUCAGUCAUGACCAAGUUGAAGAGAACAUGAUCACACACUUUGACCAAAAUAAGCAAGAUGAGAGGAUCACACAAUUUGGUCAAGACAAAAAAAUGAAAGAAGAGAUGAUCAGGCGCUACUAUCAAGACAGACACUUAAACCAGGAUAGGUUCAUACUAUGCAGUUAUGACCAGCAAGUACAAGAGGAAAUUAUUACACACUUUGACCAAAAUAAGCAAGUGCAGAGGAUCACACAAUUUGAUCAAGACAAACAAGUGAAUGAAGAAAUGAUCAGACACUACUAUCAAGACAGACACAGAAUGGAGGAAACGUUCAUACUACUCAGUCAUGACCAACAAAUACAAAAGGAAAUGAUGACACACUAUGACCGAAGUAAGCAAGAGGAGAGGAUCGUGCAAUUUGACCAAGACAAUCAAGUGAAUGAAGAGAUGAUAAGACACUACUACCAAGACAGACACAUAACGGAGGAUAGGUUCUUACUGCUCAGUCAUGCCCAGCAAGUACAAGGGGAUGUGAUCACACACUUUGAUCGAAAUAAACAAGAUGAGAGGAUCACACAAUUUGAUCGAGAUAAUCAAGUGAAAGACGAGAGGGUCACACUUUGCUUUCCACACAAGAGGGUGGACGAAGAGAGAAUCACCUUCUGCUCUCCAGAGAAGCUGGUUAAUGAGGAGAUGCCCAUCCCCUUCUAUCCACACAUGCACCUGAACGGAAUGAUAAAUAUUCUGCAACUACAACAACUAGUGCCAGGAGGAUAUAUACACCAACCUAGCACAGGAACAAAUAUCCACAGCUGGCUCAAUCACCUUCACUGUUGGCAUCAAUAGUCUUAAAUCCCAGUGCACAGCCAGUGACAUCAGGCAUAUAGUCAUCAAACUGUUUUAAAAUGCCUAAUUACAAUACAUUGAAUACUUCAAUGAUAUUCACUGAGAACUGUGAAAAUAAAUCCAUUAUAAUGGAAAAAAAAAAUAAAACACUGAUUAUGACACGGAUAGUAAGUCAAAAUCACACUGAUGAAAAAAUGAAAUGCCUAUAAAUGUCAAUUUAUCCCUUUAAAAAAAAAAACACAUCUUAGGAGCGAAAACAAGAACUUCAAGGUUAAGAGAUUAUUUUUAGGUGUUUGAAAAUAAAGUUCCACUUACUGAAAAUAUCUUAUUUACAAUACUCUUAAUAGGGGAAUAGAGAGAUGGCUCAGCUGUUAAGAGCACUAAAUAUUCUUCCAGAGGUCCUGAGUUCAAUUUCCAAUAACUACAUGGUGGCUCACAACCAUCUGUAAUGGAAUCUGAUGCCCUCUUCUGGUGUGUCUGAAGAGAGCGACAGUGUACUUAUACACAACAAAUAAAUAAAUCUAAAAAAAAAAUCUUUAAUAAGGAAUUUCUCACACUACAGCUCUAGUUCUUUGCCUCUUAACAGUUAGUCAUGGCUGAGAUAAAAAUAACAUUUGUUCAGAGAAUACAUGCCUCAGAGUAGGACAGAACUAGCUAAAAGUAACACUGAUUUUCAGAUAUUUUGUCUCGAUCUUAAAUAUCUAAAUAAACUACUGGGUUACAUUAUUUGCUGUUAAAAAUAAAGAGAAAACAUAUAAAGGUGGUUCUAUUUCCAACAUACUACUCAAGGAAAAAAAGCCAAAAAAAAAAAAGUUUAAAUCCAUCAGACUCUCAUAAAGUCCUUAAAAAAAAAAAACCACUAAGUCAUUCCCAAUCAAUCAUUUUCAUAUUAUAAUAAGAUAUGAGACUUGAAUUUACUCAAAAAAUAUGACGAUAUGACUACUAUAUUUUAUUAUCCCUUUGUGUAAUCAUGUUUCCCUUAUUCAAACAUUAAAAUGAUUUUCUUUAUAUUUUUGAUGCAUUUCUUGUCUGGAAGUACAGAUACCCAAAACUAUAACGUUAUAUAAAUUGACAUCAGUCAGCAGAUAGCCCAUGGAAUUGUUUGAAUGGAGCUUCCUCUAUUUAAGCUUAUGAUCUUUUCUUUAGACGAUUUGUCAUUAGUUGUCUAAUGGGUGUUACUUAACUUUUAAACAAGUUUUCAUAAACUACCCAGAGAUUCCUCAUCCAUCCCUUGGGUAUUCUCAUCCAGGUCAAGUUAUUAGGGAUAAUUAUGUUAAUAGUUAUGGUUGGAUAUCGAACUCCUUCCGAGUGUCUCCUUUUGAAUCUCUCUAACCUCGCAAUU